AAUUGGCAAAGUCAAACCAUGCGCGAAGACUGGCCAUCGCCCGAGGUCCCGUACCUGGCGCAGAACGACGUCUGUUGCGAGCUCACGGCGCCGACGACUGCUGACGACGUGCCGAGCGAAGCGCCUCGGCCGCCGUACCGCGUGCGCAUUGCGCGCAUCACAGACCCGGCGCACCCGGCGCACAACGAAUUUGGCCUCUUCGCCGCCGAGCCGAUUCCUGCCCACGCCUUCGUGCUCAACUACAUUGGCCGCGUGCACCUCCAGAGCACGUACCCAGACUCGGACUACGCCGUGACGUACUAUGGCGCCUUUGCGAUUGACGCGACAGACGCGGGGAACGAAGCGCGCUUCAUCAACGACUACCGCAACAUUGGCCCGCGCCCCAACGUCGCCUUUGACACGUACAAGGAAGCAAGAAGCGAUGGCGACGUCAGCAGGAUACACGUCGGCGUCUAUAGCCUCAACAAGCCGAUCGCAGAAGGCGAAGAGAUCUUGGGCAACUACGGCCGCGCGUACUGGCGCGCACGCGGAGUCAAGGGCUACCUCGGCCCGGACUGGGACGACGACUGGGACUAACGUACUCUUUCGCGAUCGCUUGCAUUUGUGUAAGAGCGCUUUGAAUACAACAGCGCUGUUGCCGCUUAUGC